AUGUCUACACUUGCUACAGUCGAUCCUACCAGUGCCAAGGCACCUAUCCUCACUCAGGGUAACAUCUCUCCAUCAGUUAUGAUGGAUUUUGAAAAUGCAGCACUUGAUUUCUUCAUGUCGAAGUCGAUUCCAGCGGACAAACAGGUCACGAUGGUUAUCCCUGGUAUCAAGGAUCUUCGUAUUCGUGAUUGGAUCGCUGCGGACCGUGCCCGCAUUGUUGCUCUACCUUUUGACAAGUUUAUGGUGGAGAUGAGACUCAAUUACCUUCCCCCUGACUGGGAAGACCAAGUUCGUAACGAGAUUUUGACGUCGACACUCACCGCUUCGAAAACUUCCUUCUGGAAUUGGUCACAAAACCUGCUUAAACUGAACUGCCUACUCCGGGGCACGGCGUCUGCUUUUGACGAGUCGACCUUGUGCAACCACUUGGAAGCGCAUCUCGACGACGAGUUGAAGACUAAACUCCGACACAGUGAUGCCCGCAAGGACAAGGUUUUCAAGACCUGGGUUACUGCUGUUCGUCUAUUAGACAAAGCACGUGCUGUUGAGAACAAAUGCCAACAUGAAUUGAUUGAGGAGACACUCACUCAACGUCAAUCCAAACGCCAGAACACUAGCAAUGAAGCAUUGCAAGGUCCGUCGCGACAUGGCAACACAUCACAAUCAAACACGUCUGCAGGCGGCUCCUCCUCCACAUAUACCCAUCUACCCCCCCUUACCGACGCCGAGUGCACACUCCUUAACGAGCAUGACGGUUGCACCAAGUGCCGUCGUUUUUAUACAGACCACCGCUCGCAUUCUUGCCCCAAUGGUUUUCCGGCAGGCAAGACCUACAAAACUCUGACUGCCACGGACGCUAUGAAUGCCAAGAAGGGCAAAGCUGUUACCAAACCGGCUACCAAAGCUGUCGCCGCCACUAGUGCAUCCAUUGAAACUGUUGACUCCGACGACGACAUCUCUGCGGCUGCGGCAGUUUUACCUGACUCCCCCGGAGAUUACUCCGAUUCGGUUGAGGAUCAGGAUGUGUUGCGUCGCGAGGUGCACAGUUUGACUGAAGACUUCCCAGUGAAAAUGCGCGCGUUGAUUGAUAACGGCGCACACUUAGUCCUCAUUCGCCCCGACCUCGUAGACUGCCUUGGAUUGAAGAAACAUAAACUGCCUGAACCAGAACUCGUAGACGUCGCAUUCAACAAUCAGAAGCAAAAAACACAGUUGUAUCAUUAUGUCAAACUUUCUCUCACUUCGUUAGACUCGUCUUGGACUUCGCGCACCGUUAGAGCCGUUGUCACACUGGGUCUCUGUGCCCCCAUUAUUCUCGGACUGCCCUGGCUCAUACAUAACUCAAUCGUUACAGACCACGCUGCACGCACUUGUAUAGACAAAAAUACUUUGUAUGAUUUAUUAAACCCCCCUGUGAUCAAGCCGCCUCCUCCGCCAAAACCUAAGUUGAAAGAACAAAUUAAAAUCACAAAAGCAGAUAAAAAGUUGGUUCUCGCCGAACUAAUGAUGGUCUGCAAUGACAGGAUUAACCAUCUCAAACUUAAACCGGAAAAGGUUAAGGAUUUUGACGUUGUUGGCGCUGUCCGAGAACGCAUUGAAGUUCUAGCAAUGCAAGAUUCACUGCUACAAAAAGAAACAGAAUUAAAAAAUGAAUACGGCACAAUCUUCGAACCAAUCCCACAUGUCAACGAAUUACCGCAUGAAGUGGUCGCCGAGAUUCAUGUAAAAGACGCAGAGAAAACAAUAAAAUCACGUUCCUACCCAUCCCCGCGCAAGUAUAAAGAGGCAUGGCAGAUAUUGAUUCAACAACAUCUGGAUGCUGGUCGUAUCCGUCCAUCAUCUUCACCUUGCGCCUCGCCAGCAUUUAUCGUUCCGAAGGCAAACCCAAAUGUCCUACCACGGUGGGUCAAUGACUUUCGGCAACUUAACGAAAACACCAUCACAGACUCCCACCCGCUUCCAAGAAUAGAUGACAUUCUGACAGACUGCGCUAAGGGGAAGAUCUGGGCAACGAUUGAUAUGACCAAUAGUUUCUUUCAAACGCGAAUGCACCCAGAUCACGUUCAUUUGACAGCCGUGAACACCCCAUUAGGUCUAUAUGAAUGGCUUGUGAUGCCAAUGGGACUGAAGAAUGCCCCUGCUAUUCACCAACGACGUGUUACCGCUGCACUACGCCAUCUCCUGGGCAAAUUCUGUCAUAUUUAUUUGGACGACAUCGUGAUCUGGUCAAACACCGUGGAAGAACACGAGAAGAAUGUUCGCGCGGUUCUACAAGCGCUUUGUGACGCUCGACUGUACAUCAACCCAGAUAAAACUAAACUAUUCUGCACCGAAAUCAAUUUCCUAGGUCAUCACAUUAGUGCCCGUGGAAUCGAGGCUGACUCGGGAAAAGUCAACCGUAUCAUGUCAUGGCCAACACCAACAUCAGCUACAGAAGUCCGGAGUUUCUUGGGACUGGUCCGGUAUAUCUCCGCUUUCCUGCCUGCACUUGCUGAACAUACAGGUGUACUCACGGAACUUACGACGAAAGCCUCCGACAAAAAUUUCCCGCUGUGCACGGCACCAAAAUUUCAGGUCGUGUUUGACGCGAUAAAGGCGAUUGUAACAGGGCGGGAAUGCUUAACAACUAUUGAUUUCAACAAAAUGCCAGAAAACAAGAUCUUUGUGACAACGGAUGCGAGCGACAAACGAUCUGGCAGCGUACUCUCCUUUGGUCCUACAUGGGAAACAGCCCGCCCAGUCGCUUUCGAUUCAAUGUCGUUCAAGGGCACUGAACUGAAUUAUCCUGUUCAUGAAAAAGAAUUACUGGCCGUUAUCUGUGCAUUGAAAAAAUGGCGAGUGGACCUACUUGGCUCGCCAUUCUUCAUUUACACUGAUUAUAAAACGCUGGAGAAUUUCUUAUCUCAGAAGGAUCUCUCGAGGCGCCAAGCUCGAUGGAUGGAAUUUCUCUCCCAAUUUGAUGCCAAGAUCGUGUACAUCAAAGGGGAUGACAACACUGUUGCGGACGCACUCUCCCGCUUACCAACCAACACCGAUUCUUCAACGGCUAAUGCAUCAGCUAGGCACCCAUACGAUUUUUGCGAGGACGACGACACCCUGUGCGCUGUGGCUUCAAUAUCCCUAUCCUCAUCACAAAACCCUUGGGAGGCAGCCAAAUCGCUAGCUAACGUGUCAGCAAUAUCAAACAAUGUCAGUGCAACAUUGAAAAUUACGGCGGACAAAGAUUUCCUUGAAUCUGUGAAAUCCGGGUAUGCCGAAGACGCUUGGUGUAAAACGUUACCCUCUGCCGCUCUCAGUUUCUCCAACCUCGUCUUACGUGAUGGCCUUUGGUACAUAGGUGAAAGGCUAAUCAUACCACGCACAGGUAACCUUCGCGAAUUGUUGUUUGCACUGGCCCACGACACCCUCGGCCACUUCGGUUUCCACAAGACUUAUGGCUCGCUGAGAACGGCGUACUACUGGCCAAAUAUGCGAAGGGACUUGGAACAGGGCUACGUUGCCUCCUGCCCUGAAUGUCAACGUAACAAGUUGUCAACAAUAAAACCUUACGGCCCACUGCACCCACUCCCAGUACCCGAUCAACGAGGCGAUUCCGUUGCAAUCGAUUUCAUUGGCCCGCUACCAGAAGAUGAAAACAAGAACUGCAUAAUCACGUUCACUGACCGCUUAGGUAGCGAUGUCCAGUUAGUCGCAACACGGACAGACAUCACGGCUGAAAAUCUAGCAAUCCUAUUUUUCGAUAAGUGGUAUUGUGAAAAUGGUCUACCAGCUGACAUUGUUUCCGAUAGAGACAAACUCUUCAUUUCAAGAUUUUGGAGAGCCCUGCAUAAGCUGACUGGCAUCAAAUUGAAACUGUCGACGUCGUAUCACCCGGAAACGGAUGGCGCAAGCGAACGGACUAACAAGACCGUCAAUCAAGCCCUGCGAUUUCACGUUGAGCGUAACCAAAUGGGCUGGGUCCGCGCCUUACCGUGA